AUGGCCAAGCAUACGAGUCCGCGUGCUGCUGAAUCUGAAGAAGGGAAGACGAAGAAGGCGGCGACGCCACGCGGUGAUGGUGAUGCUGGUGCCAGCGAGCAGACCAACGCCAAGCACAAGACCAAGCACGAUGAGGAGCGACUGAGCCGCAAGCACACGCGAGACAGCGAUAGUGACAGCGACAGCGACAGUGAGGACGAGCGAGACGAGCGAGACGAGCGAGAAGGAGCAAAGCACAAGGCAAAGAAGGCGCGAACGGACGAUCACGACGAGGACCAUGCGUCAUCAUCGUCAUCAUCAGCCAAGGGCAAGAAGGGCAAGAAGGACAAGAAGGACAAGAAGGAGAAGAAGGACAAGAAGGAGAAGAAGGACAAGAAGGACAAGAAGGACAAGAAGAAGGACAGGAUCAAGGCGUCAUCGACCGCUGCUCGCAAGGCAGAUGGUGAAUCGAGCAGCUCAGACAGUGAUGCUGAUGAUGACAAUGACAGUGAUGAUGCUGGCGAUGAUGAAGCCACCGCUGGUGCACAGGUCGAGGUUGCACGACACAAGCCGCAGCCGAUGGACGUUGAUUCGAGCGAUGAAGCGUCAUCGGACGACGAGCAGCCCAGCAAGCAACAGCAAAAGAAGGAAAAGAAGGACAAGAAGGACAAGAAGGACAAGAAGGACAAGAAGGACAAGAAGGAGAACAAGGACAAGAAGGAGAAAAAGGAGAAAAAGGACAAGAAGGACAAAUCCGAGGCCAAGGCAGCAGCGCACAGCGACAACAAGGCCGGUGCGUUGCGUGCGCCUGCUACGGCAAACCAGUGGGAAACCACAACCUUCUCAGGCGAUGCCGGAGGCGCUCAAAAGGAAAAGUUUUUGCGUCUGAUGGGUCUGGGAAAGCAGGCGGCAGCUACCGCAGCACACUCCAAGCCCGCCGCGGGCAGCGCGUCCACGUCCCAAGUCGCAGCAUCACAGCGAGCCAUGAACGAUCUCCAAUCGCAGUACGAAAGCCUCCGCAAGUUUAAUUCGCAAGCGCAGCAAAGCGGUGGCAAGUUUGGCUUCUCGCACUAG